CGAUGGGUCGCUCAAUAUGACAGAACACCCCGGCUAACAACUCCCCCUUCCGGCAUCUGAGGAUAGGAAAUCCGAGCACGUCCGUCCAGUACCGGUGUGUACAACUGCUGUGUGUUAGUGAGUGUGUGAGAAUUCAACAGCCAGAUGUUGUGACUCUAUUAAUAAUAACACACAUUAUAAACAGUAGCCUGUUACUGGAGCAGAGCACUUAUGGAGGACGCUCCUUUACCAGUGGUUGGUGUUGGAAUAGCCAUCGUGUCCAGUUUCAUCAAUGGGUCGACGUUUGUGCUUCAGAAAAAGGGAAUACUGCGAGCUCGCAGAUCAGGUAGGUCUUACCUGUCUGACUGUGUCUGGUGGUGUGGAACACUGGCAAUGAUAGUGGGUCAGAUAGGGAAUUUCCUGGCUCACAAUGCAGCACCAGCAGUUUUGGUCACUCCCCUGGGAGCCUUAGGUGUCCUGUUUGGAGCCAUCCUGGCCUCCUUACUACUGCAGGAGCAUCUGAAUAUGCUGGGGAAGCUUGGCUGUGUGUUGUGUUGCUGCGGUUCUUUUGUGCUCAUCAUUCAUUCCCCCAAGUCUGAGGGUGUGGCAUCAAGUGUUGAAUUUGAGGAGCGGCUUCUGGACCCAGUGUUCCUGAGCUACACCGCAUUGGUUGUCCUGCUGCUGAUCAUACUUAUUGGCUGGCUUUCUCCUGCGUAUGGAAAGUCCAACAUCAUGGUGUAUGUGGGCAUCUGUUCUCUCCUCGGCUGUUUUACAGUGCCCAGCUGCAAAGGCCUGGGUCUGGCUGCAAAAGAUGCUUUUGGUGGAGAUGCCUUCACAACUGACAACAGAGCCCUGUACCUUUUCCUGUGCCUGCUGGCUGUUCUCCUAGUCAGCAUCCUCAUCCAGUUCACUUUCAUCAACAAAGCCUUAGAGAACUUCAGCUCCAACAUGUUUGAGGCUGUGUAUUAUGUGGUAUUCACAUCAUCUGUUAUUCUUGCCUCUGCUAUUCUUUUUAAAGAGUGGGAAGCUUUGGGAAUUUUGGACUGUUUGGGCAUUCUUUGUGGAUUUACCACAGUGUCUGUGGGUGUGGUCUUAUUACGCAUAUCCCAGGAAGCGGUGCUUACGUGGAUUCCAUCUAGAACUAAAGAAGAAUAAUUUAAUAUUGAGUGAAAUAUUCUUUUUAACACAGUUUCUUGAGAAUAUGAACCUAAAUAUGAACUAAACAGUUAAAUGGUAUUUGUUCAUGAACAUUGUAUUAACACCACAUUUCUAGUUGAACAAAUCAUCUGGAUUAAUACUUGAUUAUAGGCCUGUCAUGAUAAUUACCCAUUUUUUCUUAGCAAGGAGUGGUAAAUAAGCUAUUAUAUUACAUAUUGAUUUGUUUGUUUUAUUUAUUUCUUAAAUAUUCACUACUCCUUAAAAGGGUGUAAAUGCAUUAUAUUAUGAUUAUGUCAGUGGUGGUAUUAUAGUCUUCGAAUGACUAUAAUAUUGUCUAUUAAAAGUAGUUCUGGGACAAUAUAUCAUCUAAACUUAUUUAUCAUGACAGGCCUACUUGAUUAUGUUGGUUUAUUUAAAAUGUGUAACUUUUCCUGAUUUAUAAACUGAUCUUGAAAAUACUUCUAAAAUGUUUUACAACUUUUAAAUGUUUGUUUUUUAUUACAUUUUAAUAAAUUCUUAUGGAUCUGUUAAUU